UGUAGUGAGUACGUACUAACCGCAUGUCUUCGUACUAAAUCGUUAAAAAAUCAACCAAAAUUUACUUAUCACAUUCCAAGAAGCAAAAAAUUAAUAAACAAAUGGAAAAAAGUGAACAAAAAGAACGUUAAUACUGUUUGUUGUUUUUGUAAAAUGUUUAAAAUAUUAUAUAAGUCUGUGCUAUUCAAUUGUGUUGACAACUAAUUCCGCCAGUUCGGCGCGCAACCUGCAAAGGCAUACUAAAAAUACAAAUACAAAAACUUAAAUAAUAAAAAAAAUUGAGCUCAAGGGCUAACCAGUUUCAAUGUGCUAAUAAAAACUCAUUUACAAAAUUUUAAAUGUGAUAGUAAAACAAAAAUUAAACCAAAUUGUCACAAUAUGUCAGAUGCUCUAAACAAUAACGUCCUGUCCCGUGUUGGUGAUGAUGUUUGUAUGAGCACAGAUUCCACAGAUUCAUCUAAUAAGGAAAAACAUCAAACAAACAACGAUUGUGGUUUAAAUAAAAAGUACACAACAAGCAUUAGUACGAAUAGUAAUGAUGAAAUCAUCGAGGAGGGAUUCGACUAUAGCGAAGCUGACCUGUUAGACGAGUUAAAUGCUAGCGACGACGACCAAGACGUCGACGUAAACGGCGGCGUUAACGACAAUCUCGAAAGAAAUGCGAACAUUCAAAAAUAUAACACUCAUGAUCUUCCCAUCACACAAGGUGCGGACAAGAAGGGUGAAGCAUGCGAAAAAAUUACCGGUGCUUUUUCUCUUAGUAACCAUGUAACUGACACGAAUUCUCAUGACAAUAAAACAAGAUCAACGAACAUUGUUGCGAACGACGUCGGCAGUGAUUAUGUGCCAAUUGUGAGCACUGAUAAUGCGCCAAACAGUGCAAGUGAUAAGCAAAAAGUUACACCGACUAACUUAGCAUUGUGUAGCGACACCGACCAACCAAACGCAAGUGAAGUUGGCGUUGACUCAUAUUGUCCGAUAACACCGCGAUGUAUAGUUGAUGUUGAAGCUGAGCCUAAUCCAUUGUUAAAAAGUAGUUCCACAACACGCAUUAAAAGCAACAAUAAAAAUGUUGUUGAUGAUGGCGGGGUUGCUAGCAACAAUGAUCAUGGUGAUGAAGGUUAUUAUUAUUCCGAUGAGCCCGAAGAUGAAUUAAUUGUACAGUUCCUGGGAGAAGCCAAUCGUAUUGCCGAGGCCCGUUUGGCUGCUCGACGACAAGCGCGCGCUGAGGCACGUGAAAUACGGAUGCGUGAGUUGGAACGCCAACAGAAGGAGCAAGAGCAAAAUGCAGACCGUGUUUUUGACAUGCAUAGCUCGAGCGGCAUCGACCCAUUAUCGCGGUCACGGCUUGCCACUGGCGUUGGCAGUUCACCGCUCGGUGCAGUGCUUAACAGCACACGAGCUAACUCGAUGUCAUCACGACGCAGCAGUGAAGACUCACUAGAGGAAGAAGGCCGCAGUCUGCGUGAUAUACGACAUGAACUCAAGGAUGUUGAGGAAAGGUUUCGAAAGGCCAUGAUAGCCAAUGCCCAGUUGGAUAAUGAACGCGCUUCGCAAACGUAUCAAAUACAACUAUUGAAGGAUAAACUAGAAGAAAUGGAAGAAUCUUAUGCGCAGCUUCAGCGUGAAUUUAAAGAUAAGUCACGUGAAUGUAAUGCGCUGAAAAGAAAUCUGGAUAAAUUAAGUGAAGAACUUAAAUUGGUGCAAGGUCAACUAACUGAACGCGACAAACUAAUCGCGGAUCAGGGGUUAGUUAUUGUAGCCGUAGAGAAUGAGGACGGUACCGACGCAAAACGUGCUCUAGUCAGUGUUGAAAAUGCUCAGCUGUUAGGUUCAGUGCAAGGCUCAUUAGAUGUGCGACUGAAAAAGUUUAGCGAGGAGAAACAACAACUUUUUGCAGAAGUGCAAAAACUGCAGGAGACAUUAGAAAAUUACAAGAGCCAAGGCAAGGGUCGAUCCAAUUCACUUAACGGACCAACAGGUUCUGACGAAGAUUAUGAAGCUCAGAGGGAGGCGAAUAAAAUAAUAUCAGACUACAAGUAUAAACUGCAAAAGGCUGAACAGGAAAUCGCCAGCUUACAAGCGAGCUUGGCACGUUCGGAAACGCAAGUUAUACGGUAUAAAAGUACAGCGGAAGCGGCUGAAAAAGCUGAAGCUGAACUUAAAAUAGAACGGAGAAAACUGCAAAGAGAAAAUCGUGAAGCCAUGGAACGUAUGGAGGAAUUGGAAACUUCAAAUAAUCACCUGCUGAAGCGACUAGACAAACUAAAGAAUGCUAAAAGCGCUUUGCUUAAAGAUCUCUGACCGAAAUCCAUACAUGCAACAACUAUCAGAAACACUUUCAGCAUGGAUAAAUGCCAACAUAAUGGCGAAACUUUAGUUAGAUGCGAAAUCUGUAAACAAUAAAUCAGAAUACAAGCAUUCACUUAGUGACGUCAAUAUACAAACAUCGGAGCAAAAUUUAAGAUGAGCCAAGAAUUGUGUGCUACAUUGAAAAAGAGUAAAUAAGAGUGUUUAUGACAUGCGAUAUUAGCUAAAUCGUUGUCACUUAGCAUUGCAACAUGGAUAGUCAGAAAACAAAAUUACAUACAUAUGACGCCUAAAAGUAACAGCAUAAUCAAUUUAAUAUUUAUUAACAUACAUAAAUAAAAGUUAAGUGCACAACGCAUACAACAUUUAUCCAUAGUAUGUAAGUAUGUAUAUUUACAUACAUAUAUUAGGAUCAUACUGUCAGUAGUUAAUAACAACAGAAAAUGUCAAAAGUUUUUAAGUUUGCUUAAAUAUAAUACUAAUUAAUAUUGAAAAUUUUUAUUGAACUUUAAACCAAAAUAUAUAAAACAACAACAAUAUAUUCCAUUAUGACAACAACAAAAACAUGACAACUGAACUAAUACAAAUGAAUUGCCUGCGCAUGGAUAUUCUAAA